UACACAACUACACAUAGAAGACUGGUGCCUUCGCUUCUGCCUGAAGACGGCUCGGGCUGACAUUCGAGGUGCGUAUCUGCACUUUCAGAGACAAAAGAGAACAGAAGAAGAGAAAGAGCGGUUGUAGAUUAUCCGAAGCAUCUGGACAGAGAGGAGGACUGAAAGAGGAGGCCGAAUGUCAGAUGAAAAGGAGCCUCCUUUCCAGUUCACACAAUCAUGCAGUGAGGUGUCUCAUGGCCUCCAGGUCAGGACUGUCCAUCUGAGAGUGGAAUCUUAGAAGAGAGGAACGGACAUUUGUGGGGAAGGAAGAGUUUCACACAGAGCAUGGCCUCGGCCAAAGACGGUGGUGUGGACGAAAGACCAAAGCCCAUUAAAGAAGAGGACUGUGAGUGGGGUACACCAGAGGAUUUGUGUCUGAAGGUGGAGGACUGUGAAGAGAGAAUUUCGUUUUUUAAAGAGGAGGAAUGCAAGGGGGAAAUUGUCGAAGUUAAAGUUGAGGAUUCCGGAGAUUUCUCAGCUUGCCCUGAACUGCGAAGCUUUGAAACUGGGAAUGUCUUCAAGCAAGAAUUUUUUGAGGAAUCUCAGUCCAGUUUACAGUAUUGGGACCCUAAGGAGGGACAACUGGCUACCCACCAGAAUACUGUGGAAUGGAAAUCUGAGCUAUCUGAGUUUGAUGAAGAAAUCAAUAAAGGAGACAGGAGAGAAGAAGAAGAGUGCCAGUCAUCGGGGAGCGUGGGAAUAAAUUUUCAUGAGAAUGGCAACUUCUUCCCAUCUCCUUUAACCGAGACUUCUCUCCAGCUGAGACUGCACCACAAACAGGGCAAAGAGAAGAUGAAGAAAUCAACAAGAGGAUCAGAGAACUUGACAGCAGCCUCUUUCCAGUGCAUCUCUCUUCCUGUGAGUGAACAUAUCGAUUCUGACCAACACCAAGAGCACGGCACAGAUCAAGAGGCUUUGUAUGAUGGCCGAGACUACGGACAACCUUUUAAAAAUAAAGCUGACUGUAAAGAUGCCGUGUCAAGUUAUACAAGACAAAAGCCAUAUUGUUGUUCUGAAUGUGGAAAAACGUUCCUCCAUAAGAAAAAUCUUCAGAGGCACAUAAUAAUUCAUACUGGAGAAAAACCUCAUUGCUGCUUGGAAUGUGGCAAACGAUUUUCUGACAGUUCUAAUCUCCAAAGACACAUGAGAAUCCACACUGGAGAAAAGCCCUAUGGCUGUGCUGAAUGUGGAAAAAGAUUCACUGAUGGUGGCUCUCUACAGACUCACACAAGAAUCCACACUGGAGAAAAGCCGUAUCGCUGUUCUGAAUGUGACAAAAGAUUCAUUAAACUCAGCUCUCUUCAGAGUCACAAACUGAUUCACACUGGAGAAAGGCCGUAUGGCUGCUCUGAAUGUGGCAAACAAUUUGCUGUCCGUAGCCAUCUUCAGAAUCAUAAAAGAAUUCACACAGGAGAGAAGCCAUAUGUCUGUUCUGAAUGUGGCAAACAAUUUCCCAGAAGUAGCUCUCUUCAGAGCCAUGAGAAAAUUCAUGCAAGAGUGAAGCCAUAUGUCAGUUCCAAAUGUGGCAAACAACUUCCCACAAGUAACAAACUUCAGAGGCAUGAAGGAUUUCAGCCUGAAGAGAAGCUGCAUGGCUGUUCUGAAUGUGGCGAACAGUUUUCACAAAGAAGCCAUCUUCAGUAUCACAUGCAAAUCCACACUGUUCUACAGUUAUGAAAGGGGAAGCAGAUUUCCCCAUAACAGUAUCGUUCCCAAUCCUUGUUUCUGUUCUAAAUAUGGUAAAGGAUUCUGACUAUUAAAUAAUUUCCACAGACACUUAGGAAUCCCCUGUAAAGAGAAGCCUUAUUGUUGAACUGAUUGUGGUAAACGAUUCUCAAACCACUGUGUAUUUAAUGGUCAAUAAAGAAUUCACACUGGUAAGAAGCCAUAUGUCUGUUCUGAAUGUGGCAAACAGUUUCCCAGAAGUAGCUCUCUUCACAGCCACGAAAAAAUGAAUACAAGAGUGAAGCCAUAUGUCGGUUCCAAAUGUGGCAAACAACUCCCCACAAGUAACAAACUUCAGAGGCACAAAGGAUUUCAGCCUGAAGAGAAGCCACAUGCCUGUUCUGAAUGUGGUGAGCAAUUUUCACAGAGAAGCCAUCUUCAGUAUCACAUGCAAAUCCGCACUGUUCUGCAGUUAUCAAAGAGGCAGAAGAUUUCCCCAUAACAGUAUCCUUCCUAGUCCUUAUUUGUGUUCUAAAUAAGGUAAAGGAUUCUCACUGUUAAGUAAUUUCCACGGACACUUGAGAAUCCCCAGUAGAGAGAAGCCUUAUUGUUGAACUGAUUGUGGUAAACGAUUCUUAAGCUGCCAUGAAUUUAAUGGCCAUGAAAGAGUUAGCACUGGUAAGAAGCCUCAUGGCAGUUCUGAAUGUGUCAUGUGUUUCUCAGACAGCAGGAUUCCUUAUGGCCACAUGACAGUUAACAAUGGAGAAGUCCCGAAGGAAGUAAAUUGAAGGGGAGAAGAAUGAAGUAGUGGAGGAAGGACUGAAUUGUAAGCCUUCUAACCACUCAAGGAGUACCUUCAGGUAGUGUAUAAGGCUGAAAACUCAACAUGCUUAAAAAUACUUCAAUGGCAUGGCAUAGUGGUAAAGACUUCAGACUUCAAAUCCUGAGGUUGUGGGUUCAAAUCCCACUACUGACACUGUGUGAGCAUGACACUUGCAUCUUGAUGUAUCUUUUUAAAAAUUAUAAAAAGGCCAGUUUACAGGGGGAUAUUAGAGUCAUGGGGAACUUUAACUAGCUAAAUAUUAACUGGACUAACUUUGUCUAAGAUCUUAAAUGGCAUCAAGCAAUUUCUGGUACAGACAGAUGCUGUUGUAUUUCAGCCAGGGUCCCACCCACGGCUGGAGUUCAUGUCUAAUUUUUGCCUAUUUUGUUAAUGUUUUAUGUUACUGAUGUGGAUUGUUUAGUUUUCUUGUGUCAAUGUGUCAUUCUGUAGGUUCCUUGUGUUGUGUGGGUGGUUCUCUAAGAGUAGAGGCUACCUGUCCAUCACUACCGGAGCCUGCCAUCAGCCCUAUAAAGGCUGAGGGAAACCACAGUCCUUUGCGGUUCAUUGUAAAUGUGCUUGUGGUGUGGUGAGGUUCUCUUGUGUUGUUUUGUUGUUUUUUUUUUUUCUUUUGUGAUUUUUCUGGAUUUAUUUUAAUCUUUUGUUGUGUUUUUGGCCUCUUGGAUUUUGGAUUGGGACUUUAUUUACUAUUGGGAUUACCUGCUUUGAAGCCGUUACUUUCUGUGAUUUUUGCCUUGUGCUCUCUGGAGGUGAUUUUUUAAAAACAGAGCUUUUUGUAAAAAUAAACCUUUCAUUUAUAAAGAU